GCGGCUUUCGUGGUUCGUUUUCGAUGGCUCGAGCGCUUUUGAGACGGACUCCCUUCUUCCCUUCUCUCAACCUCAAACCUUCCUCCUCCCCUCACUUUUUCCUCCAACUCCCGCAUACCUUUCUGCCCCGUACUGCUCCCACUUUGUCCUUCUUCUCUUCCUCCUCCUCGCCUGCCGCCGCCGCCGCCGCCAACUAUCUCGAUCUCUCCGAUGACGAUCUCAUGGCGCAGUGCGACGUGGGCACCUUCAAAUCAUCAGGGCCCGGAGGCCAACAUCGGAACAAGCGUGAGUCUGCCAUUCGCAUCUGCCACCGCCCAACUGGCGUCAUCGCCCAGGCUGCAGAGGAGCGAUCUCAGCACAAGAAUCGAGCAAUGGCGCUUACUCGGCUUCGUACUAAGUUAGCUCUCAAAGUCAGGAAGGCAAUAGACUUGGAAGGAUAUACACCUUCUUAUGAGCUUCUUAAGAUCCUGCCUGCAAAGUCAGCUAUUAGGGGAAAAGAUGUUGGCCCCCAGAUUGGUCCAAACAAUCCUAAGUUUGCUCUUGGAAUGCAAGCUCUGUUAGAUCUAAUAUAUGCUGUAGAAGGCUCUGUUUCAGAAACAGCAAAAGUACUGGGGCUGAGCACUGGUGCUAUGUCAAGGUUGUUGCUGUCAGAUGAUUCCCUUAGAAUUGCAGUGAAUGAAUUAAGAACAGCCAAGGGUCUGAAGCCUCUCAAGUAACCAAUUCUAUAGUGGCAUUGGCGAUUAACGCAUCAACAAGUUUUAUAUUACCCUUAUCUUGUUUACACACCUCUAGUAAUUUUCAUCUUAUCCCUCGUCAAAAAUCCUUUUCCCAUGUUCUUCCCUUUCCUUCUGAAACAAGUCUGUUAACGCAAACAAGCUGCCAUCUUUGUUAUCAACUAGGUGUAGGAGGCAUGAACAACAUCUAAAAUAAGAAGAGUUGAAUGCUCUACUUCUUUGGAUGCUUAUUUUCAAACCAUGACUUGAUGCCCACAUUGGUGAUGUAAUCAUUGCUACCACUGCUGGAAACAUAAGAAAUUAGGUUUGAACUUUCUAUGUGAUUCAUUGAAGCAAUGCCACCAAACAAGAAAUGUAGGUGAUAUAUCAAGCAGAUGGUUACUGCAAUCCGAAUGGUAUCCCAAGAGUGAAAGCCCUAUUUUCUUAGGGUUUUCCAAAAAAAAAAUGGGUUGGAGACUUGGAGAUUGAAGAACAAAAGCAAGGGCUGUGAAAUUUCAAAGUUUGGUUAUCAAAUUGGCACCAACAGCAUAGAUUCUGAUUAAUUCUUGAUUGUUUCGACUAAUCAAUGUGUUUUUGGAUGGGUUCAAUCAGAAACAUCAGCUGCAUUGGUUUGGUUCAUGUAAUCGAUAUUUGAUUUAUAAAAAUGAUAUAAAUCUUUUGUGAA